AUGCCCCCAAGCAAAGAGAAAAGUCAUUUGAAACGAGGACGGCCCAGCGCUGGUAACCAAACUGCUCAAGAUUCUAAAAAACCUCGACGCUCUCAACGGAUUUCCUCUCUCACACAAACAACCGCCACAAAACGAGGGUAUCAGGCUUCCCCACUCAUACAUCAGGAGUCCACGGCUACGGAGAUACAACAAAAACAGCAGACUAUCACACCGCCAGAAGGGCAUCCAAGCCAAUUCCGUCACCACACUCCUGCUGCUGAGCUCCCCUUUUCAAGCCAACCUAAUGAUACACAAGCCCUCUCCCAAUUUGUUUACCCUCCUAGAGCAUAUGCGGAUGAAGUGGAAGAUGAGACCGCAGAAGGCGUCUGGGGCUAUCUCAUUCCUCUCGACUCCAGAUUUGGAGACCCAUUAGUCUUGAAAAAGCGAGAUGCCUUGGCCUCGCCUGCCAUUAGGGCGGAGAAAAGCAGAAAAGGAGGAUCUUCGAGGUCAAAACGUGGAAAUCCUGCAUUAGGGACACCUGCCCAAGAGCAUACAAGUGGAUAUCUCAUCGGGCGUCAUUCAGAAUGCGAUUUUGUUCUUGAUAUAUGCACCAUAUCUAACCGACAUGCUCUAAUAUAUAAUGAAAAGAAACGAGGUGAUUCUGUGGCCAUUUUGGAAGAUCUGUCCAGCAACGGGACAUUUAUAAACGAGGCCAUCGUGGGCCGCAAUAAACGCCGUGAAUUGGAAGAUGGCGACGAAAUAAACCUAGUGGAUGACGCGCGAUUCGUCUUCCGCUACCCCAAAACAAGAGACGCUAACAAAUUUCGACAGCAAUAUCGCAUCCUGCAGCAGCUGGGAAAAGGCCAUUUUGCCACGGUCUAUCUGUGCGUUGAAAGGUCGACUGGCGAAAAGUAUGCAGUGAAGCGAUUCGAAAAGCGACCGGGAGACUCACAAAGAGCCGACAACGACGGACUGCAGCAAGAAAUUGCAGUAUUAAUGAGUGUCAAUCAUCCAAAUGUGCUCUGUCUGAAAGAUACAUUCGAUGAAAGUGAUGGCGUUUACUUGGUCCUUGAACUUGCUCCGGAGGGCGAACUAUUCAAUUGGAUCGUUGCACAUAAUAAACUUACAGAAAGAGAGGCUCGAAAGGUCUUCCUUCAACUUUUUAAAGGACUCAAAUAUCUCCACGAACGGAACAUUGUUCAUCGGGACAUUAAGCCGGAGAAUAUCCUCUUGGUGGACGAGCAUCUGAAUGUGAAACUGGCUGAUUUUGGCCUUGCGAAGAUAAUAGGUGACGAUUCGUUCACCACCACUUUAUGUGGUACACCAAGUUACGUUGCCCCUGAAAUUCUUGAAGAAAACCCCAGACAUCGCAAAUAUAGCCGGGCUGUCGACAUUUGGUCUCUUGGUGUGGUUCUCUACAUCUGCCUCUGCGGGUUCCCUCCCUUCUCGGACGAACUCUACACCCGUGAAAACCCAUACACCUUAGCCGAGCAAAUUAAACUGGGCAAAUUCGAUUACCCGUCUCCCUACUGGGACUCCGUAGAAGACCCAGCAUUGGACCUUAUCGACAGGAUGCUUACAGUCGACCCGGGCAAGCGACUCACCAUCGAUGAGUGCCUGGAACACCCCUGGCUAACGGGCAGGGGUAAAUAUCUCAGCAUAACCGACAGCACGGACGGUCUAACAGGCGCAAUGGGCAAGCUCGACUUCUCCAAGCGUAAAAUGGCCCGCGAGCGGACGUUGAUAAGCAGCAUCAACGAGCUACCAUCGAGCCAGGUUAUUUUCGGUGAUACCACAACCGGCACGAGUGGACGCAGGCAAGUGAGGGUAUUUGACCGUAACGAAGCUAGCAGACGGAUGCACAAUCAUACACCGAAAGGAGCGAAGGUGAGACAGGAGCCUGGACCGGCGGCCAAUCGGGGUGCGGCCAACUUCAUGCAUUUGGGAGGGCGGGGUGAUCCAACAUUGUACAGUGAUGAUUUUGAUGAGCGGUAUACCCGGGGCCGACGGAGAUGA